CGUAAACUGUCUGAAAGCGACAGUUAGUUCUCUAUGCAGCAACAGAGAAGGAGACCAAACAUACAUACAGGUUGAUAAUAAUACGUGUUCAGAUCUAGAAUAAACGCUUUAGGCUACAUUAGUAAAUCUGUUCAUCUUUAUUGGACUUCAUUACAGUUCUGCAAGAAUGUUUUUCAAAGCCGUUCUAUUCCUGGCAGGCGUGCAUGCGGUUUCAGGCGUUUUUAACGGCAGCUCCAUCGUGAGGACCUUUGCCAGGAGGUUAGUCACGGAAGGGUCCGUGGUCACAGACGAGCCAAUAGAUCUAGACCUACUGGACUACUACCCAGACAUAGACAGUAAUGGGACUGGAGUUAGACUAAACAAUGUGUCUGGCCCGGGAGAGAGAGUUGGGUUUAUAAAUGGGUCCAGACUGAGACCAUUGGAAUUGGGCUCUGCCAGGAAUGCUACAGAAGUCUGGUCUUACACCAUCUCUGUUAUGGCCAACAACUUCCUCACAGGCCACCUCUCUACCAUCUUCAUCCCGACGCUUUACACCUUCAUAUUCCUCAUCAGCGUGCCUCUUAACAUUGUUGCCAUGGUGACCUUUGCCCAACGGAUCCGGCCCAUGAAGCCAGCAGUGAUCUACAUGCUGAACCUGGCAGCCGCCGACUUGCUGUUCGCCCUGCUGCUGCCCUUCAAGAUCGUCUACCACUACAGUGGCAAUGACUGGGGCUUCGGCGAGGGGUUGUGCCGUCUGGUCACUGCGGCCUUCUACUGCAAUAUGUACUGCUCCAUCCUCCUCAUGACCUGUGUCAGUGUGGACCGCCUGCUGGCAGUGGCCUACCCCAUCAACUCCCUGUCCUGGAGGAGCCCCCGCAACGCAGCCUUGGCCUGUAGCGCCAUGUGGAUCCUGGCUGUGGGUGGCUCGCUGCCUCUUGUCCUCUCACAGCAGACAGUCUACUACAACCCACUGGAUAUCACCACCUGCCAUGACAUCCAGGACCUGGAGCUGUUAGAGGAGCAAUACGUCUUCUUCUUUCCUACACUCUCCUGCACCCUCUACUUCCUGCCGCUGUUCGUAAUGGUGACCUGUUACUCCCGGGUGGUGCAGGUGCUCAACAAGACUCCGUGCGGUGUUGUAGGCCGUUCAAGGCAGAAGGCGCGGGCUGUGGUGAUGGCGGUUACCGUGCUUGUGGUGUUCGUGGUCUGUUUCACACCCACCAACUCCAUUCUCCUCGCUCACUACCUCCAGAUUGCUGGGCAGGUGGGUGGGGAGCCGGACGCUACCCACGUGGCCUACCUCCUGUCACUAUGUUUGGGGAGCAUCAGCUGCUGCCUGGACCCCCUGGUCUACUAUUUUGGCUCGUCCCAGUGCCAGAGGCAGCUGGAGGGGGUGCUGGGAUGCCAGGCGGUCGCUGAGGGAAGGAAGAGUCUGGCCUCGUCCUCUGGUUCCUCCAGGACCAGCACCAGGACCAGAAUAAGCACGAGGACCAGCACUAGGAUUACUAAGGUGGAUACCUUCCAGGCUAGCCUCAGCAGCCAGUACAAGAAACUCUUGGUCUGAUGGAUGGAUGGAGACAGAGAGCUGUUUCUUUUUCACUGACAAAAAUUAAAAAUAUAUAUUUAGUAUAUGCUGUAUUUCCACUGUUUCAGACAGUGCAAGAGGCUUCUGGUCUGACAGAUAGACAUGGACCAAAACUAGGCUAUUUCUGAGGAGAAAGAAUGGAUUUGGCUUGUAUGAUGAAUUCAGUCAGACAUUCAAUCCAUAGGUCUGGGUUAGCUAUGCCCAACUGUAAAUAUGAAGAAGAGAUGUACACGUUGUUUCAGACAGUGCAAGAAGCUGCUGUCAUGAUUGUCAUGGGCCAGCAGGUCUGUUUAAAGAGGUCUGUUGUUUCUGACCUGUACACCACUACAGUACCAAGAAUAUAUAUUUGGGGUAAGAGAAAAGGAAAAUGUAAGUUUUGUGAAAAUGUAAUGGAUAAUAAAAAUGUUAAUCUUGAAGCAGGUUUAAAUUCCCCAAAACGAUUUAUUUUGAGUUUGAUGGUCUGCGAUAAGGGAAUAACAAAGGAGUCUUUAUUCAAUCCUGUAUUGUACCAUUUCUUAAACGCUCACUGAACAAUACAAGGAAAUGCUUUCGACGCAAGUUGAGUGAGGUCACUGCUAUGCCUGCUGGCCAUAGAGAUAUUUACUCAGCAUUGUGAAAUGUAUAGCCUAUGCACUAUGUUGUCAAUGUUGUAUAGAAAUACCAUGCAGUUUAUUAGGUACACCCAUUCUUGUACCAGAUCGGACCCCCCUAAGCCUGCAGAACAGCCUGAAAUAUUUGGGGCAUAGAAAGGUCCCUUUAUACAAAUUGUGCAACCUAACGUGUGCCAGGAAAACAUUCCCCAUACCAUUACACCACAGCCACCACCCUGUACCAUUGACACCAGGCAGGAUGGGGCCAUGUACUUAUGCUGCUUACGCCAAAUCUGGACAUUGCCAUCAUCAUGAUGCAACAGGAACCGGGAUUCGUCGGCCCAGGCAAUGUUUUUCCACUCCUCAAUAUUCCAGAGUUGGUGAUUCCGUGCCCACUGAAGUCGCUUCUUCUUGUUUUUAGCUGAAAGGAGUGGAACCCAGUAUGGUCGUCUCCUGCAAUGUUUUUAGCUGAAAGGAGUGGAACCCAGUAUGGUCGUCUGCUGCAAUGUUUUUAGCUGAAAGGAGUGGAACCCAGUAUGGUCGUCUGAUGCAAUGCUUUUAGCUGAAAGGAGUGGAACCCAGUAUGGUCGUCUGCUGCAAUGUUUUUAGCUGAAAGGAGUGGAACCCAGUAUGGUCGUCUGCUGCAAUGUUUUUAGAAACUUUUACAAAUGACUCAAGACAUUUCAUCUUUUCAUUUUUAAUUCAAUAAGUAUUCAAUUAUUUUGUUAUGGCAAGCCUAAAAAUGUGCUUCACAUGUCACAUUACAAGUUGCAUGGACUCACUGUGUGCAAUGCCAGUGUUUAACAUGAAUUGUGAAUGAGUACCUCAUAGGGGGGUCCGACCUGGUACAAGAUGGAUGUACCUAAUCUGUAAGGUCCCUCAGUCAAGCAGUGAAUUUCAAACACAGAUUCAACCACACAGACCAGGGAGGUUUUUCAAUACCUUGAAAAAGAAGGGCACCGAUUGGUAGAUGGGUAAACAUAAUAAAAGCAGACAUUGAAUGGUGUAUCAAUACACCCAGUGAUACAGGCGUAGGAGCGAAGCCGAGGUGGUGUACCUUAAUAAACUGACCACUGUGUGUAUAUUAUCACUCAAAUAACUUUAGCUCACACUCAUUAUUACUAAAUAUUCAAUUUGUGUGAAUAUAUAAUCUAUGCAUUCAGAAUUGGAAGAGCUGCUUGACUACUCAAAUACCCAGACAAUUCGAGCAAAACGCGUCAGAGCAGGUACUAUGCUGCGUACAGACACUUGCGCACGCAACGAUAGAAAUAUAACGUCUUGCGGUACUACUUUGAGAUUAAGAAGUGCUGUGAUGCCCCCUAUUGGUGUGAAUUAUACAUCAAGGCAAGUACAUUUACAGCACUUUGUCACAGUCCUGCAUGUUGCAUUACGUACAGCAGGUGGCGCUACAUAUCUAUUUAGUACAAACAAGUAUUCAGUGGGAUUUAUAUUUGGUCUGGAAGAUAACAUUAAAUUAACAAAAAUAUUAAAUGGUCUUGAAGGUAUUUGUGCCAUACUGUUACAGAACAUUACAAAAAACAAUGGUAAAUGUUUCAAAUAAAGCUAUCUGAUUUUUGGUGUGUGAUGAUGUAUAUUUUGUUAGAGGUUUAAUUUCUUUAAAAUGAAUUAAAGGACUAUAAAUAAUGGA